GCCGAGGAUAGAAGCAGAAGCAGGAGAAUCAGCAGAAGAAAGAGAGAGGAGGAAGCGGAGGAGGAGGGAGAGGGAGAGGGGCACGAGGAGGGGCCAUACUGAUUGGAUCGCCAGCAGCUGCAGGGGUUGGUCUUCCUGCUGCUGUUGUGCAUCGGUAGGAGGCGUAGGCGGACGAUCUCGCUGUCACAGUGGACACGCAUCGAAUGCACAACACCAGUUAUUAUGCACUCAUCAGUCUGCUGGCAAUUCUGUUCCUAGUAUAGCAGCAGCAGUAGUAUCUUGGGCGUCUUUCCUCCCUUCUUUGCGCUACUCUCGCCCCUCCUUCAGCUCUCAUUGGACCAGUGAGAGAGAUUCUGAUGGGACCGGGAGCGGGACGGAUACCGCGCGCCAGGUCAUGACCAUUUGUCGUUGUAGGCGCACUUAUAAGACGGUAACAGCUCCCCUCCGUCGCAAUGAACCAGUGAGCAGAGAGCUAUCAUUGUCGUCGACCAUCUGCAUCAGUAAUAGCAGGUCUGAUGGGGGUUGGAAUUUAUCGUUAUCCGUAUGUGGAUUAGGCGGAGUGACGUCGAGUGUAGUAGAUUGGAGAAGGAGAAGGUUCAUCAAUGAGAGUAACAGCCUUCGUUGUCAUCGGGAGUAUGAGUCCGCCGACGACGCGGGAUUGCGCUGCUGGAGCGUCGGGCGACCCUUGAGGUUCCGAACGGUCGGCGGAAGCGGCGGGCGAGUAGGUCCGCCUGUCCUCCGCGUGUCGCGAGUCGGGAUCGCCAAAGCAGCGGGUAGAGGAUCGGGACCCCGCAGCUGUAGAGACACCGGCGGGGAGUCCGGAGUCGGUGUCGUUAGACGUGCGCGAGGGGGUGACACACUUCGAGAAAGUGGAGGGCCAUUCGCUGUAGGUAAAGGGCGGGGAAGUAAGAAGGGGGGGGCGGGGGGGACGCGGGGGGCAGGGGCGAGGGCAAGAGAAGCGGCGGCUUUAUAUUGGUACGGGGAAGGGAUAGAUGAGGCAAGAACGCAACAACGAACGUGGAAGAGAGAGGAAGAAGUGCAGUCAGCGAUAACGAAGAGAGAGGGGAGGUUGAGGGUGAAGAGGUUGGGAUCUUCGUUGUCGGCGUUUUCGGGAAAUACUAUGCUCAUAGUAGAGCGGCCGCGUAAUCUACUGGGAGGAACGGCUGCAGCCACGUCUGGAUUGGUGGAAGGGGGGGGUGGGGGGUGUGCGCAACCGCAGCAGGUGAAGGGAGGGAGCGGAAUAGGAGGAGGAGGAGAAGGAGGAGAAGAUAGCGCAAUGGGGGAGACGGCAGAUGUCGUCGUUUCCGCCGGGAACAGGGUGUUCGGUGUUGUACCGGGGAGGAGCGCAUUCCGCCCCGCAGAGAAGGGAAGAAAGGCUUCCAGUCUGGGAGGCCCGCUUGCUGCUGCCUCACGUUGUGUCGCCGGCAAUCGUGAUUGGGAAGAAGAGUUUGCACGCUGCGAUGCACGGAAUCUGGUCAUCUAUGAAGUGUUCGUACGUAAUCAUUCUCCAGAGGGCACGUUCGCUGCCGUGGAGGCUGAUCUGGGCAGAAUCAAGGCCAUGGGAGUGGACGUGCUAUGGCUUAUGCCUCAUUACCCGAUUGGAUUUGAAGCACGAAAAGGAACCGUCGGAUCGCCAUAUGCAAUUGCAGAUUACAGAGGGGUGAACCUUUCUUACGGGACAAUUGAAGAUUUUGAGAGCCUUGUGAGGGCAGCAAGGAAAAUAGGUUUGCGCUUCAUGAUCGAUAUUGUUUUCAAUCACACCGCAAGAGACUCCGUGCUGGCGAAGUCGCACCCUGAAUGGUUCAAGCGGGACAAGUAUGGACGACCGACAAGCCCGUGGUCUGAUGUAGCAGAUCUUUCAUUCCAUGACAAAGAUCUCUGGGAAUACCUGUUCGACACACUGGUUUUCUGGGCAAAGAAAGGGGUCAAUGGCUUCCGAUGCGACGUCGCAUCAUUUGUUCCUCUCGCAUUUUGGCAGGGCGAGGUGGGAUUAUGUGACAGCGAGCUCUAUCAGGUAUUUGACGCCCUCUAUGAUUACGACUUGUGGUUCCGAUGGUGCGCGGUACUUGCCGGAGCAGAGAGGCUUCAGCGAUAUCUGGAGAUGCUUCAGUUCCAGCGGAGAAUCAUGUCGCGUGCUGCAACCAGGAACGAUGCUUUGGCAUGGACUGCAUUUGCAGCGUUUAACCGAGGAGCAUUCCUUAUGUAUGCUGGGCAGGAAUCUGAAGCGAGGGAGCCGCCUGAGCUGUUUGAGAGGGAUCCCAUUGACUGGGCUGACUACACUCUCACGGGAUUUUUGACGAACUUGGCGAGGAUGAAGAAGAGUCCUGCCAUGCGCAAUGGGCAGUUCUCGCUGCUCGCUGGAGAGGGUGCCAUCGUUGCUAUAUGGCAGCAGCCUGAAAGGGAGAGCAAGAAAAAUUUGUUCGGGGUGUUCAAUGUGGGAGGGCGAACGGAAGGGGCUAUUGAAGUUCCUCUCCCGGAUGGGGAAUAUGUCGAUAUUCUGAGCGGUCAGUUGGAAUCGUCACAGUCGUCUCAAAUGCAGUCAGAGGCUGAGACAACUGGCACAGGAGAGGCGUCUUGUGUGGCAUAUGGAAAUGGAAAUGGCGCUACAGAUCAUGGCGUCAUCUGCGAGGCAGGCAAAGAACCGCGCGUGGUGAAGGUGGAAGAUGGGAAAAUUGAGUUCUCUGGUCUAGGAAGCUGCAUGGUUGUCGAGUACUCUGGCAUUUUGCGGAAGGCGAGGCCCAUGACCAACACGAUCCUCGACUUCUCGACAGGAGCAGCAGUGUUUUGAUGUCAGCCGCUGCUUCCGCAUAUGUUAAUGCGGUAGCAUCUUCGUUUUUUGGUACUCGUAGACGGCUCAACUGGUACCAGGUUGGCCUGUCAUUUAAUGCUUGUACCAUUUCACCCUGUCGUUCGCAGCUAUCCCAUUUGGUUUUACGCUGAGCUAGCUCUCGGGGAGCAAGAGGUUGCUGAAUGUUGGGUUUUGGUCGUUUCUUUAGCUUUGCGUUGUGGAUCGUGCUGAUUCGUACGCGCACGAAUGGCGAACAUGCCAUCAUUAUAUCGUCACCCGAGGCCAUUGUUGUGUCAUCGCCGUACGCGCCGGUACCUUGGCGGUGACCUGGAGAGAACAAGGAAACUCAGACUCUGCUGCUGGACUGCAUCAGCAUGCUGUUUCUUGAAUCGUGUCGGGCGCCAUUUCCAGGUGUGAAAGGGGUUCUUGCCGGUGACCACGAGAUCAAGGACGAGUAACCUCUCUGCUACUUGGCUGCAUCGUCAUGCAGUUCUUUAGCUGGUGUCGUUGGGUGCCCUUUCAAGGUGUGAAGGGGUGCAUGCAUUGCUCAGUGAGGGGAGACCUGCCAUUGCAGUGAAUCGGGGAAUUGGUGGAUGUCUGGAUGAGUUAUUGAGCAUUGGCAAAAGAGAUUCAGGAAGCAGGGAUGGAGAGGGCAUGGAGGUAUACGUUGGUGAGAGGGGCGGAAGCCAAGCGAGUUUGCGAGGAAGAAACGGAUUUGCGGGAAUAGUUAGAAAGCAUGGGAGAUAAGGAGGUGGCUCUUUUCAAGAAUUGUGGUCGCAACUGGCAUGCUGUGUUAUAAGGGAACCAGACGUGUCAUCGGAUUCUUCGGGGCUGAAGUGUGGAAUGGGCAUCGGGAUAUCUCCGAUCAAGUUGUUGUGGCCAUGGUAUCGUUGUGAAGUGAUAUGGCGAAGACUGGAAUCGUUGUAGAGUAAUAGUAGCGGAUAAGAUGACUAUGGGCCUCUCGUGCCGACCAUUAUACACGUAUCUGGACCUGGCAAGGGUCGUCGUACAUUCGAAAUGCUCGAUCAGCCGGUCGAAUGUAUGUGGUCCGAAUAGCAGUCCAGAAUCCAGAUACCUGUCCAAUGUGGGGUAGUGGAGCGAGGCCUUGUCAGGGGGCUGAGCUUUUCGAGAAGACUGCAUGAUUGAGGUGUCCGGAUACAGCCAGGUUGAAGCGAAGCUGGAUCGAUCUUUUGACAUCUCAAGAUGGUUUACGGUUGGUUUACCCGAACUUCAGCGGCGCGAGACGUAGAUAGACGGAGAUUUGAAAAGUUAAAGAAGUUAAAGGGCAAUGCUAUCCAGGACCUUUUCUUGGCUGCUAUUUGGGAAGACUCGGUGGCAGUCGAGAGUUUGCAUGUAGAUUUGGGAUUUCAGCAAAUAUUAUCCAUUUUUACGUAGGUUUAUGUCGAGCUGGACUGCUGGAACGAUUUGUAGCAUGUGCAAAACCAGCUAGCUGCUCAGUGGAUUGCAUUGAUUUUCACGAAGGUUUACGAGCUGGGAUGCUGGAAUCAGCUGGAUCGAUUAAAGGUUUAUGAGCUGGGAUGCUGGAAUCAGAUGGAUCGAUUAAAUUUUGUAACAUGUGCAUAGUCAGCUAGCUGCUCGACGGAUUCAAUUUGAUCAAUUUUGAUGGCAUUUGUGUGUGAGAUCGCGACGAUGGGACUUCAAACUUUCACUAGAUCAUGGUGACAAGACAAGGUGGCCUGAUGACGGUGGCGAACUUCAAGACAAGAAAGGCGCGAUGACGGUACCGAUUGCAUUGGGAUAGCUCACAGUGUUGGGAACAGAUCCUAGAGAGGCGAGGAAAAAUCCGUGCUCUUCCUGUCGGAUGCUGACAGCAGAACUUCAAAGUGAUGGCCGGAAGACGACCGGCAUCUUUUCAAGCGAGGCCUUCGACAUCAGUUGAAGACGACACAUGGUCCAAUGUUGUGGAGGCGCAGAUCGCUUUCUGUUAGGUAUCCGGUGGGGGAUGAUCCAUCACAGGUCACUGGGAGCUUAAACCAUCAGCGGUAGCUGAAACCACUGGUGGGCGGUUCUUCCGAGCCUCUUGUUCACGAACCUCGAGACGCCCUGCACACCCUUAAGAAUGGACCCUCGAAAGUUGUGGCGUGCAUGCCGCCGCGUCGGAGAAAAAUGUUUGGGAAAUGUACUGGUCGUAAUCAAGGAAGGUAAGCACAGAGAACUUCAAGACGUUCUGUUGCUUGCAUGAGAUGGAUAUAGCAACGCGUCUUGGCGUUGUCCUCUAGAGGCUCUGUACGAAACGUGGGAUCUGCACGGCAUAGUACUGAUCGUUGGUGCAUUCAUCUUGGCGGCCGUUGAAGAACUGCGCGCUUGGCCUUGGGCUGUGUGCGCACUUGUUUGGGUCUAGACGAGAGAAGCGAGAUUUGAACCUUGGAUUGACAGUGAACUUGUAUGAUCCAUACAGGCACUUGUUGUGCCAGAGAAGACGCUCCGAAGCACCCGUUUAGGGCGUGGCAACGUCUCGUUGUUCCGGAACGCAGCUUUAUUCUGUGAUCAUCAUGUUCGUCAUGUACAAAACGGGCCACCCAUACUCCUGGCGGUAGACCUUAACAUAGGCCUGAGUCGCCUGACCCUUCAGAGAUUGAGCGUUUCUGCCCUCCAGCCCAGUGGGAUGGUUGAUGUGGAGGGUGUCGAGACCGUAUUGGACCUCAGUGACACGGAGUCGUCAGCAUGGAAGCGCUGGCAGCUGGCGAGAAGCCAAAGUGUUACGUUCCUUCUUCAGAGCUCGAGCUUUCUACGAUGAAACGUCGAGCAAUGGUGCUGCUAGUCUGAUGCAGAGCUGGAGCUGUCUACAUUGAAAUGCCAAUCAAUGGUGCUGCCAGUCUGAUGGAACGACCUCUAAACGAGGACGUCUGGAACCAGCCGCAGGUUUCCCUACGGCUACCUUGUUACGACGGGACCUCAGUCACUGAUUCUACCGUGAUAGUCUCUAUGAUCAACGAUGCGAAAAACAUGCGUCGAUUGAUACAUUAUGGGAGACGGCGUGAGUGAUUGUAAGUCUUCACAGGGAUUCAGAGAGGAUAAAGUGUAUUUCAGCGAGUGGAGAUGGAAGUGGAUGGUCAGCAUCACCUCCUCACUAUAAUCGGUCAUCUGUCUUUGCACCAUUGGCUCUUUGCGCUGGCGGUUUCAGAUUCUGCCUGUGCGUAGGAUGAUCCAGAAGCGGUUGGUGGCACUCUGGGCAAAAUGUGUCUUCUUCGUAAUAUGUGAAAAUGGGAAUGAGAUGUGACAAUGAGACGAGGAUUGAUUGAUUGCUACUUGCGGGCCACCGAACCCUAUAAUCGAAUUGGAUGCCUAGGUCAGUUUUGAGUGGGGCAGGUUUCAGGAGGCGGUCGCUACCAAGGGCCCAAUUUCGAGGCAAGACUUUUGUCUACUGUUUUCUGGACGUGAUUGCAGUCAGAUUCGUCUAGUAAUAAGGUCAUAAUGGCGGCCUGAUUCGUUCAGGAAGGAGCUCGUGACCUGAGUAAUAUGCUCUUGAUC